GAAAGUGCGUAAAUUCGACGCCAUCUUGAAAAACAAGAAGGUUGUUGUGAAAACGGUAAAUUUUAUUAUUUAUUCGCUAUAUAAGAAUGGUUGCUAUUUAAAAACUCGUGAUAACAUAGAUUAUGUAAUUUUCCAAUAUAUAACUUUUUCAUGAUCUGCUACCAAAAUGUUUUAGGCAUGUUACGGUUGUUGCCAAACUCACGUAUCCUUUCGAAAGCAAUACCACCGGUUAAUAUCUCUUAUAAAGCUCGAGAAUGUGCUUCUAAGGCUGCAGAAACAGUAGAAGUGUUUGUGGAUGACAAACCGGUGCAAGUUCAACCUGGAAGUACAGUACUUCAGGCAUGUGCUCAAGCAGGAGUAGAAAUUCCACGUUUUUGCUAUCAUGAACGCCUGUCUAUUGCUGGAAAUUGCAGAAUGUGUUUGGUUGAGGUUGAACGCUCUCCCAAGCCCGUUGCAAGCUGCGCUAUGCCUGUUAUGAAGGGAAUGAAAAUUAAGACAGACUCUCCAAUAACAAAAAAAGCAAGAGAAGGCGUUAUGGAAUUUCUACUAGUAAACCAUCCUUUAGAUUGUCCUAUUUGUGAUCAAGGAGGAGAAUGUGAUCUGCAAGAUCAAUCGAUGAAUUUUGGAUCGGAUAAAAGUAGAUUUACUGAUAACCAAUUUCUGGGGAAACGAGCCGUUGAAGAUAAAGAUAUUGGGCCAUUAGUGAAAACUAUUAUGACGAGAUGUAUUCAAUGUACUAGAUGUGUUAGAUUCGCUAACGAAAUAGCUGGAGUCAGCGACUUAGGUACAACAGGACGUGGUAAUGAUCUACAAAUCGGCACUUAUGUUGAAAAAAUGUUUAAAUCCGAAUUGUCUGGAAAUGUCAUCGAUAUCUGUCCAGUUGGAGCUCUUACAUCUAAGCCUUAUGCUUUUGUUGCCAGACCAUGGGAGCUUAGACGAGUCGACAGUAUUGAUACAAUGGAUGCUGUGGGCAGUAAUAUCGUAGUUUGUACAAGAGGGGGAGAUAUCAUGAGAAUUUUACCAAGGAUUCAUGAGGGUAUCAAUGAAGAAUGGUUGGCAGAUAAGAGUCGAUUCUCGUACGACGGCUUGAAAAGACAAAGACUAACAUCUCCAAUGAUUAAAGACGAGUCGGGAAAUUUAAUAAGCGUUGACUGGGAAACAGCAUUACUUAGGGUGUGCGACGCAAUAACAUCUGUGAAAGGAGCAGAAAUAGCAGCCAUUGCAGGUGGUCAGGUAGAUGCUGAGGCACUUAUUGCCAUGAAAGAUUUGUUAAACAAAUUGGGAAGCGAAUCUUUAAACACUGAAGAAAUAUUCCCCAUGGACGGUUCCGGAACUGAUUUAAGAUCCAACUAUCUAUUGAAUUCUUCAAUUGAAGGUAUUGAAGAAUCCGAUGCUAUCCUGUUGAUUGGAUGCAAUCCUAGAUAUGAGGCUCCCUUAUUAAAUGCAAGAAUACGUAAAGCCUUCAUUCAUAACGAAAUUGAAGUAGGAUAUUUGGGACCGAAAAUUGAUUUAAGCUAUAAUUAUCAACACUUGGGAGACACAACAACCAGCUUAGAAAAUAUUAAAUCAUCACAAUUUUAUAAGGAACAUUUGAGCAAGGCCAAAAAGCCUAUGAUAAUCCUCGGUAGUUCUGCUCUCCAAAGAGCGGACGGUACUGCAGUUUUUGCUAAAACUCAGCAAAUUAGCAAUGAGUUAAAGGAAGCCGGUAGUUCCUGGCGGGUGUUGAACGUUCUACAGCGUGUAGCAAGUCAAGUUGCUGCCCUAGAUAUUGGUUAUAGACCAGGCGUGGAAAAUGUAAGAAAUAAUAAACCGAAGGUAUUAUUCUUACUACAUGCCGAUAACGAAACUGUUAGACGCGAAGAUUUAGGCAAAGACUGUGUUGUUAUUUAUCAAGGAUCACAUGGUGAUCAAGGUGCUCUUAUGGCAGAUAUUGUAUUACCAGGAGCAGCCUACACAGAAAAGGAAGGAACAUACGUUAAUACCGAAGGACGAGCUCAAAGAACCCUGGUAGCAGUGAAUCCUCCAGGUUUAGCUAGAAACGAUUGGAGAAUCACUAGAGCACUAUCCGAGAUGAUUGGUCAACCACUUUCGUACGAUAACACUAACGAAAUCCGUGAUAGGUUGGCUGAGAUGUCACCAAAUCUGGUUAAAUUUGAUACCGUUGAAGAGGCAAAUUAUUUCAAGCAGUCUGAGGAAUUAUUCAAAGAUAUAAAAGAAAAAAUCAAGCAAGAUUCAUUCUCUCUGCCAAUGAUACAGUUAAAAGAUUAUUUCAUGACUGAUCCCAUAACCAGAGCUUCCCCAACUAUGGCUCAGUGUGUAAAAGCAAAUAACAAGGAAGCAUGA